AUGUCUUAUUUAUCUGCUGAAAAAGCAGAGUCAGAACUCGCACAAAGUAUCAAAAAGGCUUGCAGUGUGGAAGAAACUGCGCCAAAACAAAAACAUGUUCGAACUUUAAUUCUUGUUCAUAAAGUUAUUAAAGAUGGUCAUCCUAAUGUUAUUAAAGAUGCACUUCGAGAAACAAGUUGGUUAGAGACAUGUGCGAGAAGCGUAAAUAUGGAUAGUAUGCGUGGUUAUGGUACUCUUAUUCGUGCCUACGUUGACUUUCUUUUACAUAAACUUCAAUAUCAUCGUGCACAUCCUGAGUUUAACGGAACUUUUGAUUAUGAAGAAUAUAUUAGUUUAAAGAAUAUUGAUGAUCCUAAUGAAGGUUUUGAGACAAUCAAUGACUUGAUGAUUUUACAGGAUCAUAUCGACCGUUUCCAAAAGGUAGUUUUCAGUAGUUUCCGUCAUCAUUCUAAUAAUGAAUGUCGUAUUGCUUCUCUUGUACCUUUGGUAGAAGAAAGUUAUGGUAUUUAUAAGUUUAUUACCAGCAUGUUACGAGCUAUGCAUCAAAAAACGGACUCUUCUGAUGCACUUACACCUCUAAGACAAAAGUUUAAUUCACAACAUUAUGCACUUUUAAAAUUUUAUUAUGAAUGUUCCAAUCUAAAAUAUCUUACAAGUCUCAUUAAUGUGCCUAAGCUUGCCCAGGAUCCACCUUCUUUUAUGGAUGGUAGUACGCCUAAAUUACCUAAACGACCCGAGGUAGCUCGUAUUGAAGCACCACCCACCCCAGCACAAGCAGCCUCUCCAGAGCCUCAAGCAGAGCAACAACGGGAAUAUGAAGAACAGCAAGCACGACUUGCUCAACAGCGUGCUGAUGAACAGGAGCGUAUACGACAAAUGCAGCUUCAACAACAACGUGAAUAUGAAGAGCAACAACGCCGUAUGGCUGAACUUGAGCGACAACGUCAAGAAGAAUUGAUGCGCCAACAGAUGCAAUUGCAACAAAAUGGUCGUUUAAAUGAGCUGGAAAUGCAGCUUUUGAACGCACGUAAUCAAUUAGAGCGAAAUCAAUUGAUGUUGGAACAAUAUGAUCGACGUGUUAAAGCACUUGAACAAGAAUUAGCCUCUAUUAAUGCUAAUUCCCAACAACGAGAUCAAUCCAAAGAUGAAUUGAUUCGUUCUCUUCAAAGACUUCAAGUCAAGGCCAAUUCUGCACAAGAAGCUACAGAAAAACUGGAACGCAUGCAAGCUGAUAUGCGAGCUAAAAAUAUUGAACUCGCCGAUUUAAUUCGUGAACGUGAUAGAGCUCGUAAUGAAUUGGCUCGUCUUCAAGGUAAUCAACGUGAGGAUAUGGAUCGUUUACGUCGUGAAUUAGAUGAUGCUCGCGACCAAAUACAAAAUAUGGGAAGAUCUAAGGGAGAUGAAGUCAGUGCACUUUUGACGAAAUUCAACAAAGAAAAACAAGAGCUUGAAGCUAGUUUAAUGGAGAAGCAAGCAUUAAUUGAUGAAUUCCUCAAACAAAUUGAAGAUCAACAAGGUGAAGCUGAUCACAUUCGACAAGAAAAAGAUGAAGAAAUUGCUGUCUUACAAGCAGGCAUGGAUGAAUGUCUCUCUCAACUUGCUGAAUUACAACAGAAUGACAGACAGCAUGAGCUUCAAGAAGAACUGAGUCAUUUGGAAAGUCAACAAACUGAUAAAUUAAAUCAAAUCUUGGAUUGUAUCUUGAGCACCUCCAUUCAAAAAAUAAAUGGCUAUCUUUAUGAAAUGGAUGCACCUAAUUAUCAUGGUAAUGAAAAUGCAACACCUGAACUAGCACUUUCUAUGAUUGAAAGAGCUAGUAUCACAUCUGUUGAAUUCAUGUCAGCCUUUAGCAAAUUCCUUGAUGGCAGUAAUACCGGUGAUCAUACUAGUACCAUUACACGUACACUUGAAUUUGCUGAUACUAUCGUUGAUGUCCUUCAACAUGCUAAGGGCAUCACUCAAUAUGUAAUGAGAGAUGAAGAUGGUGAAGAAUUAGUUAAAUUAGGCAAGGCCUCAGCUGAAUCUUGUAUUCACUAUUUUAGUAGCGUCAUGUCAACCUAUCUUAAAAUGUUACCACCAGCACAACGUCCUGAAGUUGUAAUUCAGGGUGAUAUGCGAGUUCAAGAGGCACUAACAAAACUCUCCCAAAAGACCGAGGACCUUAUUUUGACAGCUACUACUGAUGUCAACAAGAUGGCAGAAGGAGAGAUUGGUGAAUUAGUGGAACAAGAGAUGUCUCGAGCAGCACGUGCGAUUGAAGAAGCAACUGCCAAGAUUCAAGAACUUAUGCGACGACCAGCAAAUCCAUCCUUUUCAGCAACGGACAUUCAAGUUCAUCAAUUAAUUUUGAAUUCCGUCUUGGCACUCACAAAUGCCAUUGCAAAUCUUAUUAAAUGUGCUACAGCCUCACAACAAGAGAUUGUCUCACAAGGACGUGGAACAUCUUCAAAGGCAGCAUUCUAUAAGAAACAUAAUCGAUGGACUGAAGGUUUGAUUUCAGCUGCUAAAGCAGUAGCAGUCGCGACAAACAUGUUAGUAGAAGCAGCUGAUGGUGUGAUCAGUAAGACACAUUCACUUGAACAACUUAUUGUUGCAUCCAAUGAAGUCUCUGCUGCAACUGCUCAGCUUGUAUCUGCUUCACGUGUUAAGUCUAGCUUUAUGUCACGUACUCAAGAAAGAUUAGAGUUGGCUGCAAAGGCUGUCAAGGAUGCUGCUGCAGAAUUAGUUAAACAAGUAAAACAACUUGUAGCCCAACAAAAUAAGACAGAUGACUUGGAUAUUGAUUUUAAUAAGUUAAGUGUACAUGAAUUUAAACGUCGUGAAAUGGAACAACAAGUAAAGAUUUUAAAGUUGGAUGCUGAAUUGACCAAUGCUAGACGUGUUUUAGCCGAAAUGAGACGUAGCGGUUAUCAUACUGAGGAAACAGAUUAA